AUGUCUGACGCCUUAGACUUCAGCGAAUACAAUCAGAAGUGCUCCUACUGCCUCAAGGAAGUCGGUAAGGACAACCUCAGGUCGUGCCGCUGCAGAUAUGCUCGGUACUGCUCGCGUCAAUGCCAGACAAACGCCUGGCCCACACACAAGGCAGCCUGUUCGACUGACAAGUCCCUUAAGUACAAGCUCGACCAGCCAGGCAACAAAGAGAGCAAGAAGCUUCACGACCACUUCACCAAGUGGCUAAACUACUAUCGCGACACGAUAUGUACGCGCGCAAUAUCUGCAUUCAAUCUGCCAAACAGCCCGACAAACAAGCUCGCUACACAUUGCAUGUAUCUGGUCGUUGAGCAACAACCCGAGGCGAAAGAUAUUCCAUUCUAUUUCAGGAUGGUCAGCGGUCAGGUGAUCUCUCGCCGGAAGAUGAUCGACACUUUCAACAACUUGAAGAAGGGCAUGACGGAGGAGGAGGUCGAUUCCUGGGCACGCGACAAUCGCGGCGAACACACCUUGCACGUCGUCAUCCAGUUCGAGGACAUGAUCCGCUUCCUCUGGUUCUCCCUCCGGGACCUCUCGUCCUACAGGGUCAUCGACUCGGCCAAAGCGAACAGGCGAGCGGGCAUGUGGGCGAAUGCCUUGGCCAGUGCGAUCGACGAUGGUCGGGCGGGUCCCGACCGGGACGACUAG